AUGAAGUACUCCGCACUUCUCCUGGGCUCGAUAGCCCUCUCAGCCGAUGCCUUUCCCGCAGUUAUGGAACUGUCCGAUCGCAUGAUGCAGGCUCGUGCCCUACAAGGACGUUCUGCUGAGGAGCUUCACCAGCGAUCCAUCGAAGACAAGCGCCAAAUUGACACCACUGCGGCUCAGGCUGUCAGUAAGGCUCGUGGAAAUUGCGGCAUCCUGCCUUGUUUGACCUUCAACGCUGAGGACCAGCUUGUAUCAACGACUGGAGAGCACGCCUACCAAAGCCCCGCUGCGGACGAGAUUCGCGGUCCUUGCCCGUGAGUCUACUCCCUGGUCCAUUUGAAUGUACAGUGUUAACGUAUCCCAGGGGUCUCAAUGCCGCUGCCAACCACGGCUACCUGAGCCGUUCGGGCGUCCUUACCCUGGAGAAUACCGUUGAGGGUUUAGGUGCCCUGUACAAUAUGAGCCCUGAACUUGCAGCCGCCCUGGCUGCCUAUGGUAUCAUCUUCGACGGUGAUCCAGUCGCUGGCACUUGGUCAAUCGGUGGGCCUCAGCAGACAAACCAGCUUACGAAGGGUCUUCUCGGUCAAGGUCAGGGCAUCUCCUGGUCGCACAACAUUUACGAGGGAGACAGCUCUAUUGGACGCCGAGAUGCUUACAUUAACAAUGGUGAUGCUCACUCUCUCGAUGUGACGCGUUUCGCAGCUGCGUAUGCUGCAACCGACUCUCGCUACCCAGGCAGAUACACCCUCGAUUCUUUCGCGCAGAACUUCGAUGAGAAGGCUAAAGAGUCAGUUGCCACCAACCCUUAUUACUUCACGGGCCCAUUCUCUACCACCGUGGUAUCGCCGGCAGCCUACAAUUUCGUCAUCAACUUUAUGAGUAACCACAGCGCCGAGGAGCCCAACGGCUACCUCGACGGCGAUAUGUUCAAGACUUUCUUCGCUGUCACAGGCGACACCCCCGAGGAAUUCGAAUGGCUCCCAGGCCAAGAGCGCGUCCCUGACAACUGGUACCGCCGCACGUCGACCAACCAAUACACUGCUCAGAACGUCUUCACCGACUUGGGCCCUAAUUUCCUGGCAUACCCUGAUUCUUUCCGUCUUGGAGGUAAUACCAACGGCGUCAACACUUACUCUGGCAUCUCAUUGACCGACUUCACUGGUGGCGCUUACAACCUGACCAACGUCUUCCGUACCGACGGUGACGGCAGAUACGGCGCCUGCUUCUUCGCUGGUCUCACUCAGUCUGCCAUUCCUGACUUCGCCAACCUGCCACUCGAGCAGAUCACUCCUAUCACGAACUUGAUCAAUGAUGGGAUCAAACCUAUCAUCCCUCAGGGAUUUGAUUGUCCGACUUACGACAAGUUCGAUCAGACUCUGUAAGCCCUUGCCAAUCUUUCCCCAUCAUGCCAAACCAAUUGCUGAUAACUAGAUUAGGUUCAAUCAGUACCCAGGUCACACUUACUCUCCCACCGGGCCAGCAACGAACUACUAG